GUGACGUAGAAGAGUUCCGGCUUCGGCCCCCGCCGCUCCUCCCACCACUACAGCCACUGCCGCCGCCACCGCCGCUGUUGGGGGUGGUUUGUUAUUUCUAAAAUGGCGCCCCUGGACUUGGACAAGUAUGUGGAGAUAGCGCGGCUGUGUAAGUACCUGCCGGAGAACGACCUGAAGCGGCUUUGUGACUAUGUUUGUGAUCUCCUCUUGGAAGAGUCAAAUGUCCAGCCAGUAUCGACACCAGUAACAGUGUGUGGAGACAUACACGGACAGUUUUAUGACCUUUGUGAACUAUUCAGAACUGGAGGUCAGGUUCCUGACACAAACUACAUAUUUAUGAACUUCAUUAAUGAGAGCUCUUCCGUUUCUUUCAUAGAUGAGUGCCAGACCAAAUAUGGAAAUGCUAAUGCCUGGAGAUAUUGUACCAAAGUUUUUGACAUGCUCACAGUAGCAGCUUUAAUAGAUGAGCAGAUUUUGUGUGUUCAUGGUGGUUUAUCUCCUGAUAUCAAAACACUGGAUCAAAUUCGAACCAUUGAACGGAAUCAGGAAAUUCCUCAUAAAGGAGCAUUUUGUGAUCUGGUUUGGUCUGAUCCUGAAGAUGUGGAUACUUGGGCAAUCAGUCCCCGAGGCGCAGGCUGGCUUUUUGGCGCAAAGGUCACAAAUGAGUUUGUUCAUAUCAACAACUUAAAACUCAUCUGCAGAGCACACCAACUAGUACACGAAGGCUAUAAAUUUAUGUUUGAUGAGAAGCUGGUAACAGUGUGGUCUGCGCCUAAUUACUGCUAUCGUUGUGGAAAUAUUGCUUCGAUCAUGGUCUUCAAAGAUGUAAAUACAAGAGAACCAAAGUUAUUCCGGGCAGUUCCAGAUUCAGAACGUGUUAUUCCUCCCAGAACGACGACGCCGUAUUUCCUUUGAGGACUUCGCCCAUCCUGCUGACCCAUUUUUGUGCCCUCUUACCCCAACUUUUGUGUAUUACCCUCUACAAUAUACUUUUUAUUGAGCACUUUGCUGCUGAAAUGCUGCCUCUUGCCUUUUUUUUUUUUAUUUUAAAUUAUCUAAAUUUAUUGUUUGUUACGGUGUCUAUAACAAUGUUUUCUAUCAUUUUCUCCCGGAUCCCAUCCCCACCUUGGACUCAUUUGAGAAGACUUGAGAAAUGUCUUAAUACUCACACUGCUGCAUGUAGCUCUUGCUUAUUUACUGGUGUGGGGAACACAGGAUGUGUUUCCUUUUUUUAAAAAGCCAAUUGACAGAACAGACUACACUGAAAUACUACUCCUUUUGUAUCAGUCAGCCCUUUGUUUUAGUUUGGUAAGUUUUAAGAAAUUUCAGCAGCAAAGUUGUUAUUCAGUAGGCAUGAUGGACUGCAAAUGCCUCGAGUUCUGUAUACCUGUCCCAGCUGUAAACUUCAUUGUCCUUUGUUGGAUGAUAUUUUAAAUGGAUAUAAAAUAAAUUGCUCUAAAGGGCUGCCCUCCUUGUUGCGUUUUUAAAUUUUAGUUAAAAACUGCUACAGCUUAUGACUUUGUACAUUAAGAUAAUUGUAUUGAUCUUUUUUCAGAUUCAUUGUAUUUUUUAAUAAAGUAAUCUUAAAUAAAACCCAGAUAGGUUAAAGUGUUAGAAAUUUUAAACAGCUUACAUUGUUGGUUUAUUCUUUUUUUUCUUUUUUCUAAUCAGAACUCUUAACCCUUUGGUUAUUGAGUUUAAAACUCCAAUUGAAAUUCAGUACUAUUUAUUUAAAAAAAGAAAUUACUAAACUGUGCCUAAAGAACAUAACUGCCAUAUUAAUGUUUUGGUUUAUAUCCUCUCUAGUAAUAGAAAAACAUUUAAUACUUGUAAUACUGAUGUAUUCAUUUGAUAGCAGUUGAGUAGAAUGUGAUCAAUCCAGUUUACAAUUUAUCAUGAGUAUCAACUAAGUAAAAUCUGUGUACUUUUCAAUAGGAAACAUUCUUCUCAUGCUGUAACACUUCACCUUAACUUUUAGAAAGUGUUCAUUUUUUAACUGGAAAGCUUGAAAAGUCAGGACUCUUGUAUUUGUGAACUGUAAUUUGAAGCAGAUUUUAAGAAGUAUAGAAAGAAACAAAUGUCCUUUUUUGUAAAGGUCUGUGAUACCAUGUUUUGGCUUUGUGUAAGUAAUUUGAAUAUCCAAAGGGUUGUGAUGAUCAGUUCUUGAUAUGCAACUGUCCACUUAACUAAGGACAAGUGUUCCAGUGUCCCUUAUGACUGUGGUCAUAAAUGAUGUUGGAAUUUACCACUUUGUGAAAUACUUGGUAUCCCUUUACUACUAUAAUUAAUUUUUGUCAGUCCAGGAAAUCUUUGUGAAGCCAGCCAAUUAAUAAAGCACUUUAGCAUCUGUUCAGGUAGCUUUGAAAACCCACUUUUCCCCUUCAGGAUAAGAACUUCCAGGUUACCUAAAAAUGCAAUAAAAAUGUUUAUAGUCUAAGCUUCUUGGCAUAUAAUUUUUCAUCAGGGUUUUUCUUGUAUUAAAUAAGCACAAUACUGUUUUGAUUUCUUUUCCUCCAUUCCCCAGCUCCUUGUUACUCUUUAAUCGUGAUCACUGUAUUACAGAAGUGGCUGAGACAUGUGCUGCACACACUUGAACUGUGGGGUCAGUAGCUUUGUGCUAUUGCCGUGACCCCAGCGUAAAUCAGAGGGAAAGGUAAUUUUAUUUUACAGGAAUAUUUAGCUAUGUAUUUUACUAAUUAUGAAACACUGGAAAUUAAUGGCCCAGACAACUUGGUGUGGUCUUUAAACAGCUCUCUGCAGUAUUUUUUUCUGUUAUCAUAAUUGUAUUUAAGUGCUUGCUCUUGACUGCUUUUAAGUUGUACCAAUAAAACCAGUAACCCUCAGGCCUCCCUUCGCAUUUGAUGCUCCUUAGCUUAGAUUGAUGUAGUUGUUUUAGUCAUCCCUGUAAUGUGAUUUUUACUUUUAAGUCAUGGUGUACUGCAUUUGUUUGUCAGUAGUUGGGGCAUGUGCCAAUAAUAUUCUGUCCAUUCCUUAACUGCCAUCUCUGUUUUGCCUGAUUUUUUUUUUCUCUUCAACUGAAUACAUAACCUUGAACACAACUUGUUACAUAACCUUUUUGCAUGAAAAAAAAGUUUUACUAUUAGACAUGUAAGGGAAGAGAGUGAAUGUUUGGACUUUGUAAGCCUAAAAGGAAUAUUUGGCUCUCUCUAAUCAACAAGGGCUAUGUAUUAUACAGAGUACUCAUGUGGUGGAAGAUACUUGCAAGUUACGUUUUGUAGGCAGGAGAAUCUGUUAUUUCCUGUAUCUAGGCUGAAUGUAAAAUCCCUUAUAUUGUAUUGAUGGGGGUAAUAACUUUUUAUUUGCCUAUGAUAUACUUGGUUUCUAAUAAAGUAUCCUAGGCUCUAGUGA